UUUAGAGCAUGGCUUAGAGUUGCAGUAGACUUGUGGGUACCUGUGAAUGGAAGAAACCAAGAGAACAACGUGGAGGCAACAGGCCCCAAAUGUCGGUGGUCUGAGGCUGGUGGAGUAACCCUGUUGACACAGUCAUGAAGUACUUGGAUGUCCAUCAAAGCCAUAAAAGACACUUAUCCAUCCACCCUGGGCGAUUCUGUUGAGUGACUUCCUCUGGCAUCAACUUGCUGUGUACCGGGAGAGAUCCACCACCAGAUCAUCUCAACUUUGGUCUCUUGGAACCACCCACUAGUGACAGUCAUAAACUGAAUUCUUGCGGCCGGGAUGGGGAAACAGAAUAGCAAGCUGCGCCCGGAGGUCAUGCAGGACUUGCUGGAAAGCACAGACUUCACAGAGCACGAGAUCCAGGAAUGGUAUAAGGGCUUCUUGAGAGACUGCCCCAGUGGACAUUUGUCAAUGGAAGAGUUUAAGAAAAUAUACGGGAACUUUUUCCCUUAUGGGGAUGCUUCCAAAUUUGCAGAGCAUGUCUUCCGCACCUUCGAUGCGAAUGGAGAUGGGACAAUAGACUUUAGAGAAUUCAUCAUAGCCCUGAGUGUAACGUCAAGGGGGAAGCUGGAGCAGAAGCUGAAAUGGGCCUUCAGCAUGUACGACCUGGAUGGAAAUGGCUACAUCAGCAAGGCAGAGAUGCUAGAGAUUGUGCAGGCGAUCUAUAAGAUGGUUUCCUCUGUCAUGAAAAUGCCUGAAGAUGAGUCAACCCCAGAGAAAAGGACAGAAAAGAUCUUCCGCCAGAUGGACACCAAUAGAGAUGGUAAACUCUCCCUGGAAGAGUUCAUCCGAGGAGCCAAAAGCGACCCAUCCAUAGUGCGCCUCCUGCAGUGCGACCCGAGCAGCGCCGGCCAGUUCUGAGCCCUGCACCAUGAAUCAUAGAGCUGCCUGUGUGCCCUUUUGAUUCUUCUUUUUAACAGUUUUUUUUUUUUUGCCAAACAAUAUUGAUGGUGAUGCUGUCCCCUGUGUGGUCAGAUGCGCCUUCCUCCGUGACGCCUUCAGCUUCUUCUGUCGUGGAUGCUUCGUGGGAAUGCCCAGAGCGCCCAUGUGCUUGUGGAGAGCAUGAACAGACUUCAUGGUGUUCAUUGUUGGGUGAUCUUUCACUGUUAUUUUUUUCUUUUGAUUCUAAUGUCUCUGUUCUAAAACCUAAGACUCAGUGGGGCAAGAGAAGGCAAACCCAUGCAGCCCAGUGAUUCUACUGCAGGCUUUGAGGGGCUUUUGUUUGAAAGACAAAAAUGUCCCCAGGUCUGUUAUCACACAUGCCCUUGAGGUGACAGAUGGCAUCAGAUGCUGGAUUCCCCAAGAACAAGUUACCCUCUGGGGCGAGGCUAUUAGAGGAGCUAGGGCAUUCCCCAGGGAGGCCCACUCUACUCUUCCCCAGCAGACUGAAGUUUCUAAGCUGUGAACAUUUCAAGGUAAAUGAAUAGAGGAGAGAAAAAAGAUGGCUCAGCUAUUUUUUCACAGGUUUACACUAGUUGAGCUAAUACGAAUUUCUUUGGAACUUACUCCAAAACCAGACCCAUCUUGUUGCCUAUUGUGAUUUAAAAAAAAAAAAAAAAAAACACUGCUGUAUAUAAAAUACUGGGUAUUGCAGAUCAAAUUGUUUUGCCUUGUUUAAAUGAAAUGCAUGUUUAGUGAGCACUAAUACAAUCUUAUUCCAGAAGACUGUUUUUAGUAGCUUAUUGUGAAGUAAGCCAGCUAUAAUGAAUGUCUAUGUCUUGUUUUAAAGUCAUAUGUGUCUUUGCACAAAUGUACCAAUCAACAAGUAUAUUUUAUAUAUUCCAUAAAAGUACAAAGUAACUAUGACUAGGGCCUGACCUUAACUUUGAAUGCUUUUCCAGAGUCCCAGCACCUGGAGAACAGAGCAGGGCAGGUUUAAGCAGGACACGUCAAGGGAGCAUUAGGAGGUUAACAUUUAUGCGAGAUGCAAGGCUGGUGUUUGCCCAACCCAGCCUAGCAGCGAAUCAGCAGCGUUAGACUGGAGGUGGGGGUACUUUUCUGAGCAGAUCGAUAUUCUGCAGACUUGAAAAAAAUAGUCUUGGGACUUCCCAAUGGUUUAACCCAUGUGCUUGGUUAGGGAGCUGCAUCUGGAACGUCCACUUGUCCACACCCCCAGGAGCCCGUCAAAGAGUCAGAAGUUGGGCAGUUACCUAACUCAUCAUAAAGAAGUAAGGACCAAAUGCGUCUGUGGUUUCCAAGACCCACUAUGGGGAAUCUAAAAGUUUCUCCAUCAAGGUGUUCUUUGGAUGCAGAUUUCUAUUUCCAGAAGUGACAGCACCAAUUUGAGUUGCUGUUAGGUAUGCACACAAAUUCAAAUUGAAGGCUAAGAGUGAAAACUGCAAGUUGUAUUCUCACAAGCAAUUGCUGGUCAUGGGCAAGUUGUAUUCUCACAAGCAGUUGGCAUGGGGAGGCCCAAACACUCAAGAGUGUAGGUGGUGAACCUGCCCCAAAAAGAAGGCAGAGUGUCCCCAGGGGGUCUAUCUGCUGCCAAGCCACUUCCUGUAGAACAGGAACCACAGAGAGAUAAACAUCAUAACCACGAGGAAAAUGUUGCUGAGCCCAUUCUAACCUCCAGGUUCCUGUGCAUGAUUUGAGUCUGUUCUAACUGGUAGCAAAAAUCCAAAUUUGUAUGAUGGGCCAAAUGAAUCAAAUUUGCAGGGUGAAAUUUUGACAGCCAGACUCAGUAAUUUUAAUUUUCCUCUGAGUGUCAGUUCCUCAUAGUGGUUCUAUACCAUGACUUUGCCAAAUUCCUGCAUGGGCCAAGUGGUAAAAUGUUUUUGAAAAAUAGAAUAUUGGCCUAAGGUAUGGAGUGCAGAGUGGGCAAGGGGACCAGAACCGUCUAUCGGGAGUGUUCAGGAGUCACAUCCCACUUUUUCCUGCUCUGGAUUGAGACCUGAUUCCUCCCUCUGGUUUUCCAUUGGAGGGUGAAAUCAGUUAAUGUUUGGAGAAACCCACCUGGGUUCUGCCCUUGGCCAUGGCAUGUCAUUGAACCAGACCCCGUCUGUUCCCUAGAACCUAGAUCUGGGACAAGGAGCAGAGAAGGCCUCCAGCUGCUCAGGAAAGAGAACAGAGCCAGACGUGUGGCUAAUGAGCGCCGAUGCUCCCAGAAUGUACGGAAAUAGUCCUUGUCCUGGCCUGCCACUGACCCUGUCUGUAUUUUUCUUGAGGGUUGUUUUGCUCCUUCUGCUCCUUCCCAGGAAGGCCUGCGUAUGUCUAGUCUAAU